AUGCAUGCGACCCAUGGCAUAGGGGCCCUUCUCGCUGAGCACGGGCCCAGUGCGGUACGUCGUCACGCCGUAGUUGUGCUUGUAACCGUUCCGGAACUCGCCCACAUAGCUCUCGCCGGUGGGCCAAACCAUCCGGCCCUUGCCAGUGACGUCGUUGUCAAACGUGCCCUCGUACACCACGCCGUUGCUCAUCCUCAGCUCACCGGCGCCCUCGCGCUUGUUGUUCUUGAACAUGCCCAUGUACACCGAGCCGUCGGAGAAACGCUCAACCCCGAAACCUUGACGCACAUUGUUACGCCAGUUGCCGUCGAACAUGUCGCCGUUGGAGUACGUUAUCACGCCCUUCCCGUUGCGCAGGCCUUUUUUAAAGACGCCCUUGAAGCUGUCCCCGUUCAUGUACUUCACCUCGCCCGCGCCGUCGUAUAA